ACAGAACUUGAGAUAAAUUUUUGCAAUUGCCACAAAAUGUCAGACUCUAAAAUUGCAAUCCCUAAUGCCAAACCAAAAUCAAAACUUUUCGGGACCAGACAUGUCCAAAUCGGAUUGAUGUUUGUUUCAAUAAUUAUUUUCUACGCUCAGAGGACCUCUUUAUCGGUUGCUAUCAUCGCAAUGACCGAGGAAACGCCCCCAGAUCCUAGCAUACCCACGUACCCAAAAUGGGACAAUACUGACAUAAUCUUGUCGUCGUUUUUUUGGGGAUACAUUGUCCCCCAAGUCGGUGCCGGCCAACUGGGGGAAUAUUUUGGUCCCAAAUGGUUCUUGUUCACCACUAUGACCAUUGGUUCAGUUUUUAACAUCUUGGUACCAACAAUGGCCAAGCUGAUGGGACCCACGGGAGUCAUAAUAUGUCGAGUAGUACAAGGCCUCAACCAGGGCUUUCUCUACCCAUCGACAAAUAAUUUGAUAAGCAAAUGGACUCCACUGUAUGAGAGAUCAAGAGUAGCGAGUUUUGUGUUCGGGGGGUCAAAUAUCGGUAUUGUCUUAUCUAUGAUUUUUACGGGAGCUCUUUCGGGGUCUACUUGGGGGUGGCCUUCAGCGUUUUACAUCUAUGGAGCGCUUGGUAUUGUAUGGGCUUGCAUUUUUGCAUUUUUUGUGGCCAACUCGCCGGCACUCCACCGUAGUAUUUCAGACGAAGAAAGAGAAUAUAUCGAAAGCAGUAAUUCGUGUAAUACCAGUGAAAAUAAAAAAGUACCUACACCAUGGCGAAAAAUUGCAACAUCGUUGCCCAUUUGGGCAGUUUUAAUUACAUCCUGUGGCGGAAGCUGGGGCGGGUUCACCCUUUUGACUGAAAUCCCCAGCUACAUGAGUAGUAUUAUGGGUUUCGACAUCAAUUCUAAUAGUCAAUUAUCGGCUCUUCCUUACAUUGCCAUGUUUCUAGUAGCCAUGGCAAGUGCCCCACUCGCCGAUAAAUUAAUUUCGAAUAAAAUUUUUACAAUUGGAACCACUCGAAAAAUUUUCAAUUCAUUGGGUACUCUAAUCCCGGCAAUAGCGUUAUUUAGCCUUGGUCUUAUCGACAGUUCGCAGAAAGACUUAGGUACUGCUUUACUAGUUCUUGCUGUCGGUGCUUGUGGUUUUGUAUAUUCUGGGUAUAUGGUAAAUUUAGUGGACCUGGCACCCAACCAUGCUGGAACGUUAUUGGGUAUUACCAAUGGUACGUCUACAAUUUUCUCGAUUUUGGGGCCAUUAUCGGUGCAAUUCCUCGGCAGUGAUAAGAAAGAUCCAAUUUUGUGGAGGAAAGUGUUUUGGCUAGCUGCUGGAAUUUACGUGGGUUGUGGUUUGUUCUAUGCAAUAUUUUGUUCAGGGGAAUUACAAGAGUGGAAUGGCGAGGAAAAGGAAGAAGGGAGAAAAGAAUCUAACAAAUGUGAGAGUGAAAAUAAAGAAAAAAGCCCUGUAUAAAUAAAAAACAUAUUUUAUCAUAAUGAUAAAAUGAAAAGA